AUCAACACAUGCUACCGCUCAUUGAUGCUGCUGAUCAUCAUCAUCAUCAUCGUCUUCUUCCUUGACCUCUGCAGAACUGUUGUUGUGGAAAAUGAAGAGUGAAACAGAGCAAUCAAACCCAUGCAACGGCUGUUCAACAAUGGCUUCUAAAAGUCUCCGGACAAGUACAACACACAAUGACCCUUCCAUGUUUACCCCAAAAGUGCCCCACUUUUUCAAGAUUAUCUUGGAGGACACUAUUCGAGAUGGGAAACUAGAGAUUCCAAAAAAGUUUGUGAGAAAAUAUGGGAAUGGUAUGUUGAGUUCAGUAGUACUUGAGGUCCCUAGUGGUGCAGUCUGGAGAGUGGGACUGACUAGAAGUGACGGCCGUGUUUGGUUGCAGUGUGGAUGGAAUGAAUUUGCUAAGUAUUACUCUCUAAAAUAUGGGCAUUUCCUGGUUUUUAGAUAUAAGGGGAAUUGCAACUUUCAUGUACUCAUAUUUGACACGAGUGCGUCAGAGAUUGAAUAUCCUAACUUUAGCAGCAGACAUGGUCGAGGUUGCAUCCUUGAUAAAGAAUUUCAUGAGCCAGAGAUAGGAGAAGCUGAGGAUGAUGUUUCUGUUGAAAUCUUGCGUGAGAUUCCUCCACGCCGGAAAGUGAGACAGAAGUCGCCAGUACCAUGUUCUCGGCCUUGUAAGAAAAUGAAAACCACUAUGUCUGACUCAUUGAUUGAUGAUCAAACUGGAUUUCUUAGUUGCCAGAAAAAUUAUGUUGCGAAAGAGCCCACUGUCCCCAAUGUUGAAGAAAGUGAAAGUGAUUCUUCUGUUCAAAUCUUAGAUGACUUCUCAUCAUUCCAUAGAACACAAGAGGCAUCAUCCUUAUGGUGUCCUAAACCAAGCAACAAAGUAAGGAACAAGAAUUCCCGUGGAAACCAAGAAAGCACUUCCAAAAUACCGCCAUUGACACAGCAUUGUAAAAAGAAAGGCAUUCAAUGUACCAGGAUGAAGCUUGAGAAGUCAAUUAAAAAUGAGUACUUGGAUAAUUCCAUGAAGGAACUUGGGGGCUCACUUAAUUUUCCUGCAAAAAGUUGUAGUACUCUUAGAAGGUCUACUGAGAAAGGCAGAGAAGUUAAAAUGUCUUCCUUGAUGCGAUCAUUGUCCUGCAAGGAGAAAGAAAACUUUCUUUUAAGAGAUACCAUUGUGAAAUCUGGAAAUCCUGUUUUCCCAAUUGUCAUGCGUCCAGCAUAUGUGAAUGGUGGCAUACUGAACUUACCAUUUCAAUUUGCCAAGAGGUAUCUUGGUGAGAGGCAUGACAAAGUUAUCCUUCACCUUCCAAAUAGGAGAACUUGGAGUGUUAAGUAUGCUUUCAGAACAAAAUCCAGUUUUCAACCUAAACCUAGAUUUUAUUAUAGUUGGAGAGAAUUUGUUCUUGACAAUAAUCUAAAAGUAGGUGAUGUUUGUGUCUUUGAGCUGAUUAAGGAUGCGGGAACUUCAUUCAAUGUCAUCAUCCUUUCAGCAGCCAAUGCUAAUGCUUCUGGAGCUAGUCAAGUUAAAUCCAGGAAGGUUUUGGUACCUGAAAUUGAAUCUGACCAAACCAAUGAUUAUCUUGCUGGAAAUUCUAACCUUGAUGACCAAUCCAUGGGCCAACACUUCCAACCUACUAGAAGGAAGCACAAGGUUGGACACGGUAGGUUAGAACAAUCAGGAGUUGAUAAGAGUGCUGGGAGAAAGGUUACUCUGCAGUCUCCAUGUUUGUUACCUUCUCACACAGCUGAUACUACAAGGAAGUCCUUUAAAGUUGUUUUGAAGUCAUAUAAUUUUGAGCGUUCCAAAGUGACCAUGCAGUUUCAAUUUGUUCAGAAAUUCAUUGCUCAAAAAACAGAGGAUUGGGUGCUUCAGGUUGUAGAUGGAACAUGGCCUGUUAAGUUGACGAGUUAUCCACAACACAACUUGGCAAACUUAUCACGGUUGAGUUCAUUUGCAAGGGACAAUUCUCUGAAAAUUGGAGAUACUUGUGUCUUUGAGAUUGCUGAAGAGAGUAGUGCUACCAUGAAGGUCUCUAUCAUCAGAUGUUCUGGUACUAGUAAACUUGCUGGAAAUUCUAACCUUGAUAAUCAAUCUAUGGACCGACACUUUCUACGUCCUAGAAGAAAAUGCAAGGUUCCCAGUGGGUUAAAACAAUCAGGAGUUGAGAAGAGUGCUUGGGCGUUGGUUACUCCACAGUCUCCAUGUCAGAAGUCCUCACACACUGUUGAUCCUACAAGGAAAUUUAUUGAGGUUGUUUUGCGGUCAUAUCAUUUCAAGAAGUUCUGCCUGAAUUUCUCCUUUCACUUUGUUAAGAAAUUCGUUAGUCAAAAAGCAGAGAAUUGGGUACUUCAGGUUUUAGAUAGAACUUGGCCUGUUAAGUUGAUAAGUUAUCCACAGUGGCACUCUGCAACAUUAUCUUCUGGAUGGAGUUCAUUUGCAAAGGACAAUUCUCUGAAAAUCGGAGAUACUUGUGUCUUGGAGAUUGCUGAGGAGACUAGUGCUACCAUCAACGUUUCCUUCGUCAGAUGUUCUGGUUAAGCAGAAGCUAAUGAUAUUAAACUAUAAGAAAUUCUCGAUGCAUUUUGCUGAUGACCUUCGGAUAAUUGUAACUUAAACCUUCCUUGUUUUUGGCUUCUCGUUUUGAAGGGAUCGGUAAAGUGUCAUUUUGUAGGUAUGCUGGAUUAAGAACUAGUAGUUUAUCAAAGUGUAAGACUUGUUUCUUAGUCAUUACCACUUCAAACU